AUGCCGCCGAAGGUAGACGUGAAAACUCUCGCGGGAAAACUGGACAAUGCCGUCAAACUCUUGUACGAAUUAAUGGAAGAAUUCGAAACAAUUUUCUCCGUAAAAUCGGAACCAAAAACACUUGAAGCGGCAUUCAGUUUAGUAGAAACCAAGUACAGGCUGGUCAAGAAACAGCAGGAAACAAUUCUGGAUAGACUGGUCGACGAAGGCACUGGCCCAGAAGACGAACUCGUGUUAGCAACAAAGAAAGCUGGAGACAAAACCAAAGCUGAUUUCCUUCAAAUCACUUUAAAGUUUGCUGCAUAUCAAAAGGAACAAAACUCCUCAGAAAAUUCUAACAAUGCGACAACUCUGGAAGCGCUAACAUUAUCAAUGUCGUCCAUGACGCCGGCGGUGCAGAAAAUGGCCGAUAACAUCGGAUCAAAACCGUCAAACUCAAGUUUACAACGAUUACCUGAACCAGUAUGGGACGGAACUCGCAGAACCUAUGCCACGUGGAAAAAGGAGUUCAGCCAUUGGAUGAAGAAAUACGGUCAGGAUAAAGAUGAACAAUUGCAACGUUUUCGAAAUGCAAUGCCAAAAGGAUCGUUCUGGACCGACCAAGUAAAAACUUGUAAAACCAUUGACAGCGCGUGGAUCAUUUUGGAUACAGAGUUCGCAGACAGACGAAAACUAAUGGACGAACUGCACACCGAGAUUAAUAAUCUUAAAGCAGUCAAACGAGAUUCUAAGUCCCUAACGCAUUCGCUACGACAAUAG